GAUGGAAAAUGAUAUCCCGAAAGCUCUAACAGUAUCAGUGGUCUGCAGUGUUUUUGGACAUGGAAAAUCCCAGGAACACAUUGCAAACACCAACUAUUGAGCACAGCUACAUGAAAUGUUGUCAUAAGAAAGCAGCUUGCGUCAUCAGAGGUCUCCACCUCCGAGGUCAUCUUCUCUUCUCCCUGCUGCCGUCAGGUAGAUGGUACAAGAGCCCCAGGACUCGCACCACCAGGUUCAAGGACAGUUCAAUGUUCAAGGAUACUACCCCUCAACCUUCAGGCUCUCGAACAAAGGGGGAUAAUGACACUCACUUGCCCCAUCAUUAAGAUAUUUUCCACUUUAAGGACUCUUUGUCUCAUUUUCUCAUGUUACUGUUACCAUAAAUGAAACUAAUGGCUCAGAAACAAGCAUUGCUGGCUGUUCAUCAGUCCUUGGAGAAAUGCUUCCAGGUGAUUGAGAAGCAGCAAAGUUUGUGGGACAGUACACUGGUGGAAUGCACUCCACUCCUGAGCUCGUUGAGUAACCUGGCUGAGCAACUCCAGGCAUGCAACAAGGUUGACUUUAAGAAUACUCCCUUUCGAGAAUUCCCUGAUCUGAAACACCGCCUGAAGUACAAACUUACCCAAGCAAUGGAAAUCAACUUGGAAAAACUUGGAGAGAAAAUGAAUGUUCUGCAAAGGGUGUGUGACACAACGAGUAACCAUGUGUCAACAUGCUUCCAAAUGUAUGAGCUACAUGCUGACACCAUUGGUUUGGCUGCAGUCCUCGAGCGAUCAAGUCUCAAUCCUUCUGUGGCGGACAUGCUGGAAUGGCUUCAAGAUAUUGAGCGGUUUUACAAAAAUCGGCUUCUUGCCAAGAAAGUUUUACUUCAGAAUAUUAAUUAUGAUAAACUACCAAAUAUUCAAGCUCUCCCGCAAUCCUGGAACAGAAUUAAAGAAGAGAUGGAUCAAGAUUUGGUUCGAGAUACUCUACUGAAGGUGGCGUUCUUCAUGGAAUCCAGGCAAGGGUCCUAAUCGAUCUGAGGUUGUUCACUGGAGCUCUUGGAUUUUGUUUUCAUUUUUAUUUCCUUGUGGCAACACGUUCUGAAAGAGAAGCUGCUCGUCACGUACUGAUGCAAAAUGUGGCUUGGGAGUGACCUUACUUCCUCCAUCUUCUCCUUGUUUAAUUAAGCCUCAAGUGCAAGCAUAGUUUGUACUUUACCUCAUUUUUAGAAUAUGUUUGUCAUGUCCCUGCCCUAUUAAAUAUACGGGCACCCUUAUAUUCUGAUCGAGCUGGGGUGCUAGUACAAUGAAGCAGGGUUGUGCCCAUGUUGUCACAUGCAGAAAGGUAUUUAUAUCUCACCCACAGUCCUUUUUGAAGCACGUUGUGGACUUCAGAAUGUAAGGGAACACUGAAGUGGGAAGAUACCUCGGUAUAAAAGCUCCAUAUCUUCAGAGGUGGUGAAUGAUGUUGAAGCAAAAUGCCAUGAAAGUACUGAUGGGGCAGUGUGGGAUAUUCAUGUUCCCAUUCAGAGCCCGUGUUAGUGGUACACUGCAGUGCCCUCUAGAAUGGAGAGAUCAGCUGUGUGCUACAGCAUGAAAAACCCUUUAAGGUUUAGUAUCUUUAUGCUGCCAGGUUUCACAAUGCAGUAUACUAGUCCCAUCGAAAUAGUCCUAUGAAUGGUUCUGUACGGUACAGGGCCUUCGGCCAUGAAGCUAUGCCAACUUGUGUAAACCUACUCCAUGCUCGAUCCAACCUUUCCCCUCUGCACAGCUUAUAAAUCUACAUUUCCUUCUAACUAGGUACAGUGGGCCUUCAUUGCACAUAGCUGUAAGAGACAUAAAGGUACAAGAGUCUCUGUAUGUCCCUAUUGUAUCAGACUCUAUCACCAUCCCUGGCCGUGUUUUCCAGGCACCUACCGUUCUGUGUAAACCAUCUACUGUACCUCUGACAUUUCUGAACUUUCUUUCACUCACCAGUUCCUCUGAUAUUGGCCAUUGUUGCCCAGGGCAAAGGACGCUAGCUGUUCAUUCUCUCUAUGCCUCUCAUAAUCUUAUACACCUCUGUUAAGUUGGUUCUCACCUUCUUUCAAUCCAAAGAGAAAUGACUUAGUUUGCUCAGCCUUUCUUAAGGUAUGUUCUCUAAUUCAGGCAGCAUCCUGGCAAAUCUCUUCUGCAUCCUCUAAAAUUUUCACAUCCUUCCUAUCAUUAUGGGGAGAAGGCUGGAGAAUGGGGUUGAUCGGGGGGAAAAAAAAGGAUCAGCCAUGAUUAAAUGGCAGAGCAGACUUGACGGUCCAAUUGGUCUAAUUCUGCUCCAAUGUCUUAAUGGUCUUAUAAUGAGGUGAUCAGAACUGAGCACAAUACUCUCUGUGGUCUAACUGAGUUCAGACCACCAAGUAAUGAAGACCAAUGCACCAUAUGUCUUCUUAGCCAUGCAGCAACUUUGAGGGAUCAGUGGACUUGGGCACCAAGAUCCCUCUGGAGUUUUAACAGUUGUUUCAAAUGUUAAAUUACUCCACUCCAAAGUUAGAGGCAUUUUUGUUUGCAACAGACCUAAGAGCCUGAUUAAGAAAGUGUGUAAUGCUGUUCUUCAGUCGCAUUGUAUUGUGAUGCAUCCUGUACAUUGUGGCUCGACAGCAGCCCUGGGAGAGGCAGGAUUUAGUGUGGUCAUCAGAGGAAAGAUAUGUGGAUUCAAUUCUUGAUUCUAACACAUUCCUUUGUGCUGCCAUUGGAAAAACUUUUCAGCCAAGUGUUUUGCCAUUGUAGGUAAAGUAGAGGAAGAGUUAUGUGAAUUGUGUAAAAAAAAAAAAAAAUGCAUGGUGCAAUAUGUACGUUUACAAGGGCACAAUUUUAGGAAAUUAAUACAUUUGUAAUUAAAUGGAAUCAUUUUUAUUUGCUUUAAUAAAUCCCUUAUUAACAAUAGA